AUGCCGACGGAAUACCUUACAACUCAAAAAACAACAGCUGGUGACGAUGUUAGUAGCACAAGACGUACAACGGACAUGCUUUCUUCAGAUUGCAAAACUGAAUUCCAAACAACCAAUCUAAACGCUGAAUUAAGUUCAACAGAUAGCGUUACUGAUUUCCAAACAACAGAAGGUAAUACAGAAAAGCCUUCAACUGAAAUGACAACUGAAGGUGAAUCAAACACACUAACGGACUCGAGUGGUAUCCACACAUCAACAUACUCGAGUGAUGUCCAAACAACAGAAGGUAAUACAGAAAAGCCUUCAACUGAAAUGACAACUGAAGGUGAAUCAAACACACUAACGGACUCGAGUGAUAUCCACACAACAACAGACUCGAGUGAUAUCCACACACAAACAGAAUCGAGUGGUAUCCACACAACAACGUACUCGAAUGCUAUCCACACAUCAACAUACUCGAGUGAUGUUCAAACAAAAACAGACUCGAGUGGUCUCUACACAACAACGGACUCUAGUGGUAUCCACACCACAACAGACUCGAGUGGAAGCCACAAAACAACGGAAUCGGAAGGUAUCCACAUCACAACAAAAUCCAGUGAUAUCCACACAACAACAGAUUCCAGUGAUAUCCACACAACAACAGAUUCCAGAGAUAUCCACACAUCAACGGGCUCGAGUAGUAUCAACACGAUAACAGAUUUGAGAGAUAUCCACACAACAACGGACUCGAUCGGUAUCCACAAAACAACAGAUUCCAGUGAUAUCCACACAUCAACGGGCUCGAGUAGUAUCAACACAAUAACAGAUUCGAGAGAUAUCCACACAACAAAGGACUCGAUCGGUAUCCACACAACAACAGAUUCCAGUGAUAUCCACACAGCAACGGAUUCAAGUGUUAUGCCUACAACAACAGACUCGGAUAGUAUCCACACAACAACAGACUCGGGUGGUAGCCACACAACAACGGACUCGGGUGAUAUCCACACAUCAACAGACACGGAUGGAAUCUACCCAACAACUGAGUCCAGUUAUAUCGACACAACAACGGAUUCGAGUGGUAUCCACACAACAACGGACUCAAGUGAUAUUGACACAACAACAAACUCGAGUGGUAUGCAUACAACAACAAAUUCAAGUGAUAUCCACACAAGAACGGAUUCCGGUGUUAUCCACACAACAAAUCACUCGAGUGAUAUUCACACAACAACAGACUCUGGUGAAAUCCACACAACAACUCACUCGAGGGAUAUCCACACAAAAACGGACUCGAGUGAUGAAAUCCACACAAAAACGGACUCGAGUGAUGUCAAGACAACAACGGACUCAAGUGAUGAAAUCCACCCAACAACGAACAUGAGUGAUAUCCACACAACAACGGACUCGAGUGAUAUCCGAACAACACUGGAUUCCAGUGGUAUCCACACAACAACGGACUCAAGUGAUAUCCACGCAACAAUGGACUCAAGUAAUGAAAUCCACACAACAACGGACUCAAGUGAUAUCCAAAGAACAACGGACUCAAGUGAUGAAAUCCACACAAAAACGGACUCGAGUUAUGUCCGCACAACAACAGACUCAAGUGAUGAAAUCCACACAACAACGGAUUCCAGUGGUGUCUACACAACAACGGUCGCAACUAAAAUAACAACAACAGACUCGAGUGGUAUCCGUACAAGAACUGAUUUGAGUGAUAUUCAGACAAAAACGGAGCCAAGUUAUAUCCACACAACAACGGACUCAAGUGAUAUCCAUACAAGAACGGAUUCGAGUGAUAUCAACACAACAACGACCUCAAGCGAUAUCAAAACAACAACUGACUCGAGUGAUAUUAACACAACAAAAAACUCGAUUGAUAUCCACACACAACCGGACUCGAGUGAUAUAAACAAAACAACGGACUCGAGUGAUUUCAACACAACAACAGACUCGAGUGAUAUCCACACAUCAACUUACUCGAGUGAUAUCCACACAACAACGGAUUACAGUGAUAUCCACAAAUCAACGGACUCGAGUAAUAUCCACACAACAACGGAUUCCAUUGGAAUUCACACAAGAAAGGACAUAAUUAAUAUAAACACAACAACGGACUCGAGUGAUAUCCACACAUCAACAGACUCAAGUGGUAUCCACACAACAGUAGACUCAAAUGAAAUAACAACAACGGACUCGGGUGCUAUCCGUACAACAACGGUCUUAAGUGAUAUAAACACAACAACGGGCUCGACUGAUAUCCAAACGACAACAGACCCAACUGAUAUCCACUCAACAACGGACUCGAGUAAUAUCAACACAACAACGGAUUCGAGUGAUUCCCACACAACAACAGAUUCCAGUGGUAUCGUCACAACAGCUGACUCGAGUGAUAUCCAUUCAACAAAGGACAUGAGUAAUAUCCACACAACAAAUGACUCGUAUGAUAUCAACACCACAAUAGACUCGAGUGAUAUCCAAACAAAAACAGAGUCAAGUGAUAUCCACAAAACAACGGACUCAAGCAAUAUCCACACAACAACCGAUUCCAGUGGAAUCCACACAACAUCGGACAUAAUUGAUAUAAACACAACAACGGACUCGAGUGAUAUCCACACAGCAACAGAAUCAAGUAGUAUCCACACAACAGUAGACUCAAACGAAAAAACAACAACAGACUCGAGUGAUAUCCGUACAACAACGGUCUUAAGUGAUAUUAACACAACAACGGACUCGAGUGAUUUCCACACAACAACGGACUUGAGUGAUUUCCACACAACAACUGACUCGAGUGAUAUCAACACAACAGCAGAUUCGAGUGAUAUCCACACAACAACGGAUUCCAGUGGUAUCUUCACAACAACUGACUCGAGUGAUAUCCAUUCAACAACGGACUCGAAUGAUAUCAACACCACAAUAGACUCGAGUAAUAUCCACACAACAACGGAUUACAGUGAUAUCCACAAAACAACGGACUCGAGUAAUAUACACAAAACAACUAAUUCCAGUAGAAUCCACACAACAAUGGACAUAAUUGAUAUAAACAGAACAACGGACUCGAGUGAUAUCCACACAACAGUAGACUCAAAUGAAAUAACAACAACGGACUCGGGUGGUAUCCGUACAACAACGGUCUUAAAUGAUAUAAACACAAUAACGGACUCAACUGAAAUCCAAACGACAACGGACUCGAGUGAUAUCCACACAACAGUAGACUCAAAUGGAAUAACAACAACGGACUCGGGUGGUAUCCGUACAACAACGGUCUUAAAUGAUAUAAACACAAUAACGGACUCAACUGAAAUCCAAACGACAACAGACCCAAUUGAUAUCCACUCAACAACGGACUUGAGUUAUAUUAACACAACAGCGGAUUCAAGUGAUAUCCACACAACAACGGAUUCCAGUGGUAUCUUAACAACAACUGACUCGAGUGAUAUCCAUUCAACAAAGAACAUGAGUAAUAUCCACACAACAACAGAAUCGAAUGAUAUCAACACCACAAUAGACUCGAGUGAUAUCCACACAACAAUUGAGUCAAGUGAUAUCCACACAACAACGGAGUCAAGUGAUAUCCACACAACAACCGAUCCCAGUGGUAUAUACACAACAACGGACUCAAGUGAAAUCCAAACGACAACAGACCCAAGUGAUAUCCACUCAACAACGGACUUGAGUGAUAUCGACUCAACAAUGGACUCAAGUAAUGAAAUCCACACAACAACUGACUCGAGUGAUAUCCAAAGAACAACGGACUCAAGUGAUGUAAUCCACACAAAAACGGACUCGAGUUAUGUCCGCACAACAACAGACUCAAGUGAUGAAAUCCACACAACAACGGAUUCCAGUGGUGUCUACACAACAGCGGUGGCAACUAAAAUAACAACAACAGACUCGAGUGGUAUCCGUACAAGAACUGAUUUGAGUGAUAUUCAGACAAAAACGGAGCCAAGUUAUAUACACACAACAACGGACUCAAGUGAUAUCAAAACAACAACUGAUUCGAGUGAUAUUAACACAACAAAUAACUCGAGUGAUAUCCACACGCAACCGGACUCGAGUGAUAUAAACAAAACAACGGACUCGAGUGGUAUCCACACAACAACGGAUUGGAGUGAUAUCAACACACCAACGAAUUUGAGUGAUAUCAACACACCAACUUACUCCAGUAAUAUAAACACAACAACAGACUCGAGUGAUAUCCACACAACAACGGACUCGAGUGAUUUCCACACAACAACGGAUUCCAGUGGUAUCCACACAACAAAAAACUCGAGUAAUAUCCACACAACAACAGAUUCCAGUGGAAUCCACACAACAACGGACAUAAUUGAUAUAAACACAACAACGGACUCGAGUGAUAUCCACACAGCAACAGACUCAAGUGGUAUCCACACAACAGUAUACUCAAAUGAAAUAACAACAACGGACUCGAGUGGCAUCCGUACAACAACGGUCUUAAGUGAUAUAAACACAACAACGGACUCAACUGUUAUCCACAAGACAACAUACCCAAGUGAUAUCCACUCAACAACGGACUCGAGAGAUAUCAACACAACAACGGAUUCGAGUAAUAUCCAUUCAACAACGGACAUGAGUAAUAUCCACACAACAACAGACUCGAAUGAUAUCAACACCAAAAUAGACUCGAGUGAUAUCCACACAACAACGGAGUCAAGUGAUAUCCACACAACAACGAAUUCAAGUGGUAUCCACACAACAACCGAUUCCAGUGGUAUAUACACAACAACGGACUCAAGUGAAAUCCACACAACAACAGAUUCCAGUGAUAUCCGCACAACAACGGACUCGAGUGAUUUCAACACAACAACGCAAACCAGUGAUAUCAACACAACAACGGACUCAAGUGAUAUCCACACAACAACGGCCUCGAGUGAUUUCAACACAACAACGCAAACCAGUGAUAUCCACACAACAACGGACUCAAGUGAAAUCCACACAACAACAGAUUCCAGUGAUAUCCACACAACAACGGACUCGAGUGAUUUCAACACAACAACGGACUCAAGUGAUAUCCACACAACAACGGACUCGAGUGAUUUCAACACAACAACGCAAACCAGUGAUAUCUACACAACAACGGACUCAAGUGAUAUCCACACAACAACGGACUGGAGUGAUAUCCACACAACAACGCAAACCAGUGAUAUCCACACAACAAUGGACUCAAGUGAAAUCCACACAACAACAGAUUCCAGUGAUAUCCACACAACAACGGACUCGAGUGAUUUCAACACAACAACGCAAACCAGUGAUUUCAACACAACAACGGACUCAAGUGAUAUCCACACAACAACGGCCUCGAGUGAUUUCAACACAACAACGCAAACCAGUGAUAUCCACACAACAACGGACUCAAGUGAAAUCCACACAACAACAGAUUCCAGUGAUAUCCACACAACAACGGACUCGAGUGAUUUCAACACAACAACGGACUCAAGUGAUAUCCACACAACAACGGACUCGAGUGAUUUCAACACAACAACGCAAACCAGUGAUAUUUACACAACAAUGGACUCAAGUGAAAUCCACACAACAACAGAUUCCAGUGAUAUCCACACAACAACGGACUCGAGUGAUUUCAACACAACAACGCAAACCAGUGAUUUCAACACAACAACGCACACCAGUGAUAUCUAUACAAGAACGGACUCAAGUGAUAUCCACACAAAAACGGACUCAAGUGGUAUCCACACACCAACGGAUUCCAGUGGUAUCCACACAACAACGGACUCGAGUGAUAUCCACACAACAACGGACUCGAGUGAUUUCCACACAACAACGCAUACCAGUGGUAUCUACACAACAACAGAUUCCAGUGAUAUCCACACAACAACGGACUCGAGUGAUUUCAACACAACAACGCAAACCAGUGAUUUCAACACAACAACGGACUCAAGUGAUAUCCACACAACAACGGCCUCGAGUGAUUUCAACACAACAACGCAUACCAGUGGUAUCCACACAACAACGGACUCAAGUGAAAUCCACACAACAACAGAUUCCAGUGAUAUCCACACAGCAACGGGCUCGAGUGAUAUCAACCCAACAACGGACUCAAGUGAAAUCCACACAACAACGGAUUCCAGUGGUAUCCACACAACAACGGGCUCGACUGAUAUCCACACAACAACUUAUUCCAGCGAUAUCUACACAACAACGGACUCGAGUGAUAUCAAUACAAACACAGAUUCGAGUUUAAUCCAUACAACACAGGAUCAAAUUGAUAUGUAUACAACAACGGAACCUAGUGAUUUCCAUAUAACAACGGAUUUACACCCAACGAUGGAUGCUAUCGAUUUACAAACGACAACAAACGAUAGUCAUUUACACACAGCAGGUGACGCUAGUGAAUCCCAUACAACAUCAGGCCUAGGUAACUUAUAA